GAGGGGACCAUAUCGUUCCGGCUGUUUUGUUCGGAACGUGACGUCGAUUGUGAGACUGAACCCGAGAAGUCACAUUGUUUUUCCGAAAUACAUCAAUUAGCUUUAAAAAGACGAAAAAGAUGGCUGAAGAUUCUAUAGAAGAGAAGAAGCCUCUGCUUAACCGCGGCAGUCGAUCAAAUUCUGCUAAUGAAGCUAAAGGAUCGUCUCCUCAUAGCCCUGCCUAUGGCUUGUCCAAAUGGAGGCGUCGCGGAGCAAGUGGGGCAAUCCUGCUUACUGUCAUGUUUGAGAGGUUGACAUUUUACGGCAUAUCAGCCAACUUAGUUAUGUUUCUGAAUGAGCAUCCAUUUGCCUGGCUGUCCUAUGAUGCUGCAAACGCUGCUUUAAUCUUUGUUGGCGUGUCUUAUGUCUCUUCUGUCCUUGGGGGACUCUUGGCUGACACCUUGUUAGGACGAUUUAAGAUGAUCGUCGUAAGCUUCAUCACCUACAUCUUGGGCAGUACCCUUCUUGUCUUGCUUGGAUAUGGCUCCAAAAACGAAGACUUUCGAAUCAGUUUGUGUGGGAAUAACACUUUGCCAGAUGUGGAUAUUCAUCCGAGGCAUGAACUAACGGCAACUCCAACAACCACGACUGAGACUGGAUUCAUGUAUUGUGGGUGGGCCGUGUAUCUUAGCCUAGUGGUGAUUGCUUUAGGAGCUGGCUCAGUCAGAUCCAACUUAUCACCAUUUGGAGGUGAUCAGGUUAGGUACGAGGGCCCCGAAGUCAUGCGAACCUUCUUCAAUUGGUUUUACUGGGCAAUUAACGUGGGUUCAUUGUUGGCGAUUGCUGGUGUCACCGCCUUGCAGCAAAAUGUGGGCUUCUUCUCUGGCCUCUUAGUGCCUCUUGCAACUCUGGUUGUUGCUACCUUUGUCUUUGUCAUUGGGAGAACCUGGUAUCUGUCCAAGAAACCUAUGGGUAGUGUGUUGACUAAUACAUCCAAGAUCAUCAUGGAAGCAUUCAAACAACAGAAAGUUAGGAAGACAAUGCUGCAUAGACAGGAUAGCAGCGAGUUGUUUCACAGUCAGCCCAAGCCCAGUUUUUUAGACAUGGCCAAGGUCCGGUACGGUGGCAGCUUUCAUGAAUCUAUGGUUGACGACGUCAAAUCCCUCAAGAAGAUUAUCCUGGUGUUCUUAGGACUGACACCGUAUUGGGUUGUCUACUUUCAGAUGCAGACAACAUUUUUGCUUCAAGGACUCCAUCUGCGUUUCAAAGUCAACUGUACUAUCAAAAAUUGCGAAGACACCAAUAAAAGCUUCCAGAUCCCCCCAGCCUGGCUAAGUCUCUUCGAUGCCGCCUCUGUCCUUUUGCUUCUUCCAUUCUUUGAUCGCAUCCUUUAUCCUAAGCUUGACCGGCUAGGAGUCAACUUCACCCUGCUGAGGCGAAUGAUUGUGGGGAUGAUCUUCAGUAUGUUGGCUAUGGUUGCAGCCGGUGUCCUGGAAAAUAUCCGGUUGAAUUGGGUCCAUUCCAAUAGGACAGUCGAGCAGACCAUUGGAACCAAAGACACCUCAACUGUGUACUAUGCAGCCGAUAUUUGGGUGUUCUGGCAGAUUCCACAGUACACACUCAUUGGUAUAAGUGAAGUGCUAGCCAGUGUGGCAGGUCUGGAAUUUGCCUACUCCAUGGCUCCUCGUUCCAUGCAAGGGCUCAUCAUGGGUGUUUACUUCCUCUCAUCUGGCAUUUCAGCUUUCAUCGGUAGCGCCAUCUUAAAAGUCACUACCCUACCCGCUUUCAACUGGUUCCAUCAAGGAGACUCGGGCAACAUUAACAAUGGCCAUCUGGAUCGCUACUUUUUCAUGCUUGCCGGAGUUCAGCUUGCAGGAUUAAUCAUAUUUGCAUCAGUUGCUAUGUACCACGAGAGACAAGAGGCUAAACAAAGAUCUGGGACGUCGGCUAUCAACAGAAAUCACCAUGACGAUAGGGUUGUGACUGGAAGCUAACACAAGAGGGCACUCUACAGUUAUCCUUUAGAGUGUAGAAACAAGGCUUAUCAGCAGUACAAGAAUGUGAUUUGGUCUGAGGCGCCUUUUGUACAGAAAUUUAUUACCGAGCAAAGAUAAGCAGCCUUCCAACUUUUGCUGGUCAAUGUUUGUAAACAAAAAGGUCAAUUAGCCUUAUUCAAGAAUCAGCCAUUUUGAAUCAAACGCAAAGUUAUCAGUCUGUAUAAAAGAAAUUAGUACAUGUAUGUCAAGGAGAAUGGACGAGGAAUUGUAGAUUUGUGCUAGGAAUGGGUGAAGCGAAGCUGAGCCUAUUCUUAGCACGAAUCUACAGUUCCUGAGUUCUAUUCCCUGACUUAAACUAUUUCCCAUUGUUACAUGAACAUGGAGUCCCGAGUCCGUGACACUCUCGCUGUUAACAUGACCCUUCGCCUGAGUGCACACCUUUGUUCUGUUCACCCGUGCACGCUUUAGCUACAUGAAAUAUCGACACAAUAAGGCCGGAGUGUGGGCGUUCCUGAUAUCCCUUCAACUUGCCCACUGUGCCUGUUAAGAGGCCUAGUAGAAUCAGUGUCACAGCACCGAUCGUAUAAGAUCUUUGGUAUUUAGCUUUUCCCCAACCCUCCGGUAGCAACUACUUGGACGGAAAUGGGGGGGGGACAUGGGGUAAUUUCCUUGCUCCUACGGAUGUACGAUACGAUAAAUUUGUUAUGAAUCUACUGUUUGCUGUAGAUUUGUAAAAAUAAUCUACACAUUGAACAAAGGAGUGACGUCACAGAAAUAGUUUAAUAUGUGGGAGAUUAAAAGAUUCCAUAGGAACAAGUUACUGCUUAAAAUUACUGUCCUGUUGCUUUGAUGGGCAGUUCCAAAUUAGGGAUACAAACUUAUGUGGUAAUGUACAGUUUCAUUUUUUUGUAUCACUUUGGGACUACUUUUAUCUUUGUUGCAUAAUAGUCAGGCUUUUCCAUGUCAUUGUAUUUAGAGAAUAAAAUGGGUUCACGGAUCCAGAAAAGCUAUCUUGUGACUAAAGCCAAUUUCUAUUAAACAUAGCAAUUAAUGUAUAGAAGUUUUUUCACAUGACGUAUAAUGACACACAAAGACAUGUCAGAAACUCAGAAAGCAUACCAUGUCCGUGGAGGCGCGUGCCUCUUCCAAUCUCUGCAUUUCUAUCGAAAAAUUCAUGUAUACCAGAAUGUUGAGAGAUGUCGAGGGUGCACACGUUGCUUCCCACGUCUGUGUAAAUUGAACACUGACCGUCAAAAAUCAUGGGACUGAAAGUCCUCUGUACUAUAGUGCUGCAUUAGUGACACCGCAGUAGCAACAGAUUCAGAUGUAACCUUUUUAUGUGAAUGUACAUUUUGAAUGAAAAGAAUGUAUGCACAUUGCCUAUCAUUGCGUAACAUACUGAGGAUAUGUCAUUGUACAUGUUACAAACGCAAGUAAUAAACGUUUUCAUUCUGUGCAUUUUAUCCACAAGUCUAUUAUUAACUAUAUUUAAAACACUUUGGGAAAUUAUUAACUCGCACCCGUUUCAAGCACUUAUUUGAAAUGAAAUCAGUGUUCCCUGAAAUAUUUGUAGUUUAGUUUUUUUGUUCAUAAAUAUGGAUUUCAUCCUGAUUCUGGAAAUAAAUUGCCUUUUGCCUUAUUCACAUUAACCCUCCUUUAGUUUUACAGCACAAAUAUGCACAAGUGCCCAAGGUUACUCUCUUGCAUGUUGGUGCAGU